AUGAAGGCAAUUGUGCAUUCACUACAGAAAGCUGCAUUGGCAAUUCCAAUGCGUUCUGGGGUGAUUACCCGAACCAUGUCUUCUUGCCCUGAAAAGAAGCACGAUUGGAUGUUAAGACCUGUUGAAGCAGAUAUGAUUGGUACUCCUGACCCAGUGUCUAACCUACGACCUGUAAAGUACUAUAUUCCUCAGAAUGAAUCUGAACAAGAUAAAGAGUGGCGUUUGAUCCAGCAAAGUGCAGAUGAAUUCAAUCAGAACUUUUGGACUACAAAUAAUGCAAUGUUUGUUCAUGCAAAGGCAGAGUAUGAAAGUCAAUUGAAUGCAAGAGGCAAAGAGGUCACUCCAGAAGAAUUGUCUAUAUUCUACAAGGAUUUUCUCAACAAAGCCUACCAAAGACAAAUGGAAUACAACCGCCAAUGGUGGAAGAUUAACAUCGGUUUAAUUUACCCUGGAUUCAAGGCUGCGAUCCGGUCUCUCAGCAAGACUAGUUCUCAAAAAUCUGUGGAGCGAAAGGGCACUGGAUUUUGGGAAAAGAGCUUUGAUUGA